UUAUUAUAUAAAUCUAUGAUCUAAUAAUAAUCUUUAUUAUCUAUGGUAAUAACAAUCGUUAUAAUCGUGAUGGUUUUAUCAUAUUAAUUCCAAUAACGAGAUAACGAACAAAUUUGAUUUGAGGUUAUGUAUCAUAUCAGUAGAUUGUGAUGAUUUUGAAGGCAUGUUUUUGUUUUGAAUUUUUCGCUAAACUCGUCUUAUUUUGUUAAUUGUUUUGACAUAAUUUUUUUUCAUAUUAAUCCACAAUGAAACAAAUAUUUAUUGAAAAGUGUUUAUUAUAUGGCGAUACACAUUCUAGUUUAUAUAAUGAACUUAUUAUUUCAGGUAACUAUAAAAUCUAUUUCGAAAUACUUUUACUUAUAUUUACAUUGGGUACCUAUUCAAAAUUUGUUUUUCAGACAAAAUUGUAUCGAAUGAAAUGAAAAAUGUUCUCAAAGGUGACUAUGUAAGUGUUCUAGAGAACGAUUUGUUUUUGUGUCUGUAUAAGGAAUUUGGAAGUCUGAGCAAAUCGAAUUUUGGUUCAAAUGUUAUAAAACAUUUAAGGAAUUUCUUAGAAUUGAAUCCACUGGAGUAAGUAUUUAGUAGUUAGUUUUAAUGAAAAAUCCCCAAGUUGAAUAACCAUACAUUUAUGGAUUCAUUUUAUCUCCAUAAUUUGUAUAGGUACUCUUUUUUAGUUCCUUUUUCAAAAUAUAUAGGUUUCAAAAAUAUUUUCUAAAUAUGUUCACUAGGUAAACAAGACAAAUUUGUCUUGUUUAAUUUUGUGGUUAGCUUCAAUUAUUUAUAUAUAGUUACUUAGGUAGUUCAUUAAAUAAUUAUACUACAACUGAUUAGGUACAACAAAUAAAACAAAAUGUUAUAAUAACAUAAUUAUUUAACAUAGAAACAAAAGUUGCAACCCCAUUCAAUGAACAAUGCUUGCAUGUGAAUAAGCUGAGUUACAAGUAAUUAAUAUAAUAUUAAAAUUAGUAACUUCUAUAAAAUCUUUAUAUUGUGUCUUUGUGAGAUCGAUUUUAGAAGUAUGGGGCUUUAGUGUGGGAUCCAGUUACAUUGUGUGGUAUGAAGCAAGUUGAUCGGGUUCAACGAAAGUUUCUGAACUUUGCAUUAUACGCAUUAAUGAUUGAUCACCCAUCCCAUGACAACACACCAGUUAUGAAUCAGUUAGACCUGGAUACUUUAGUGGAAAGAAGACUUGUAGUGUAUUUAACCUUUCUUAAGGGCCUUAUUGAUGGUGUUAUUUUAUUCCCAGCAGAUGUAUAUUCAGUUCCAAUAUACACUAUCAAUUUUGCAAAAAUAGCUAUUAUACACAAUGAUGAAUUUACCAAAUAAGGAUCUUUAUUAACUUAAAUACAAAUAUUUUUUUUAUUAUUAUUGUUUUUGAAUUAAUUUGAAUAUUUUUUUAUUUUUUUUAUUUGUAUUUUCAGUAUAUUACAUUGAUUUGAGCAUAUCCCGUAUUAUAUGAAAAUAAAAUAAAAUAUUGAAUAAAAGUAAAAUUAUGUAGAAAUAAAUAAACAAAUAACUCAUAAUAUAUGAGUAUAAUAAUAUUAGGUGAUCUAUUUAAGUAGGUACACUCAUUAUUUCAGAAAGUAAUAAGUAUUAACUUCUUCCAGAAUUUGUUUUCUAGAAGAUGCUUCUUAUUUAAGAAACGAGCAGUUCUAUAAUUUUAUAUUUAUGUUAUUUUUCAUCACCCUCAUUUCUAGGGGUAAAAACACUAGUUACUUUUGAUUCUAAAAUGGCAAAAUAUGUUAAAAGCACAUAAAUAGAUGGAAAAUUAAUUUUAGUGUUAUUGAUCAACAUUUUUGAUUCUCAUCAAUCUGUUGACGAGAUAUACUACUUUUAAUUUUAGGAUGAAUAAGAGUAGUGGUGCAUUAUUAACAUGCCGCGCGCGGUACCACUACAGUAAUGAUACUCCACUACUCUCCGCCUUCCCAUAUUUAAAAAUGAAAUAUCUCAUCAACGAAUUGACAGAAACCAAAAAUUUCAACCCUAAAAUUUACUUUAACUAAUAUUCCAUAUAUUUAUAUAUUUAUGGGCUUUUAAAUAUACGUUCCCAUUUGAAAAAUAGGUAAUUAUUUUAUCCCCAUAAUAAGGACGACAAAAAAUAAAAUAAAUAUCGAAUUGUAGAACUACUUGUUUUUUAAAUGUUUUAGAAAACAAAUUGCAAAAAAGUUAAGAAUUUCUGAGAUAAUGAGUGUACCCACUUUAAUAGACCACCUGGUAGAUUAAUAAUAUUAUAUUGAUUGAUUCACAAAUGAAUGUGAUUAGAUUGUAGACAAUUUAAAAAUAGACAGCAUUUUAAAACCACCAAAUUAUUUAUUUAAAGUUUUUUAAUGAUAGGAGGUUAGAUUCUUAACACAUAUAUAUUUUGAUUUAUUUUUUCAGAAAUAAUACAAUUUUUAUAAUUGGCAUAGCUUGUUAUCAAUUAUUCAUACAAGCAAAUUGGACUGGACCUUUGUUAUCAAAUAUGUAUGUUGUAUAAAGUUGAGUUAUCGUAUUAAAUAUUUAUACUUCAUAUUAUUUUUAGAGACUUGGAGAGUUGGGGUACAAGUACUGAAGUAAUAGAAAGCUUAGUUAGUGAUUUGGAUUGUGUGUCUAGAAAAGUAUUACAUCCGGAACUCUUAGUAUUUUCUUAUGCAAUUUUUAGCAUUGAGCAAAUACAUAUUUCUGUAAGCACUUUAUAUACUUAUUAUAAAUAUUAUUAACUUUACAGUUAGUAUUUUUUUUUAUUUAAGUUUAUAUAUAUUUUAGACACAGACUUGGUGGCAAAUAAGAAUGCUCUCAACAUUACAAUCAUUACUAAAUGAAUUAUCAAAUGAUAUAAAAAAUAUUUUAGAAAAAUCUUUUGAAAAAAUGGAAAUGAUCAAAUGGGAAACCAACGAAGAAGAAGCAUUGUUCAGGUUAGAACAAUGUAAAAUUUAUCUUACACAUUAUAGUAAUGUUUCAAAAAGUACUAGUUAUUUGAAUACAGCAAUGAAUUUAUUGGGGUUAGAGCAUUCUCUUGUUGGUAAGUCAACAUAUUACCAAAACAUAAUAUUAUUUUGAAAAUUAAUUGUUUUAAGGUGCAAUGGGCAAAAGAACCAAAUUUCAAGUAAAGGAGCUUGCUCAGUUAACUUUAAAUAUAAAUUCACUUUCAACAGAAAAUGGUACACACUUUUUUACACAUACAUGCAAUUAUUUACCUAAAGUAAGUUGCUGGAAUACUACUAAAUAAUAUUAGUGUAAUAUUGUGUUAUUUUUCUAAGGAUUGUGUGUUAGAUGAUGAAAACCGUUUACCAGAUAUCAAGUUUAAUGAUGAAAGUAAUAGUACAUUCCCCAAGUUAAAUAGUCUUCAACAAGCGGCCAUCUUAAAUUCACUGUAAAAUAAAUGAUAAUGUAUAUGAAUUAAACACAUUUCUUUAACUAAUGGUUUUUAUUUGUUUAAAGUAUACUGGAACAAAAAAGUAAACCCAAAGAUGAUCUCCAAUUUGAAGAAUUGCAGCCAUAUAUAAGGGUAAUUGUUUGCAUAUUUGUAUUAUUAUUGUGUUACUGAGAUCUUUUUUAUAUAGUGUUUAGUGUCACAAAACUCUGUGUGGAGUAUUCAUGUAUCAACUUUGCUUCAACGAUCUUUACUAGAAAAAGAUAGCAGAAGAUCAGUUGAACGAGCAAUGCAACAAAUUGAAGUAAAUAUUAAUUUAAAUAUAAAGAUACUGAAAAAAAAUAAUAGCUAAAUAUCAUAAAAAAUUAGUGUUGUUGUGAAUCCUAAUUUUUAAAGUCGAACCGAACCAAACUUCUUAAAAAUUAACGAACCCAAACUAAGCUGCUCUUUUAAAAUACUUUAUUGAACUCAAAUUUAAACCUAAGAAAUUAAAAAAGGUUAUCCUGUGGGUUGGUGGCAGAAGUUAUAUAUUUGUAUGAAAUUUAAAAAAAUAAAUUAUAUGAGACCCACUAAUGUGAAAAAAUAUAAUUUUUCUUUUUCAUAACGACCACCCUAUCCCACCACAGAACAUUGUAUUGGUGAUAAGUAACUCUGUCGUUUUAAUUUACAUAAUAUAAAUUAGUCUUAAAACUUUCGCAAUAUACUUUAUCAGAUAAUUUUUAUCUAAUCUGUGAUAAAACCGUAUGACAAUUUGAUGAGUUGUUCCAGAGAUUAUUCGAGUAUAAGAUUUUCAUAUUCACAUAUAUAUAGAUUAAUUAAACUACUAUAUCAAUAUUUAAGAAAUUAAAAAAAUAAUCAUAAGUUCUAUUUUUCAAUUAAUCUAAUAACUGUCAAAAAUAAAUAAAAAUGCAUAAAAUAUGUAUUAUUUAUUUGUUUAUACAUACAUUUGAUAGCAAUGAAAAAUCUCCAUUAUACACAAAUUUUAAGUCAAAUUAAGGUUUUAAAUUCAAAUUAAAUCAAUAGAAUAAGAAAGAAAUUAGAAGAAAACUUAUACUUUAAAAAAAAAAAUACAUCUAAACAGUAUUAAUUACUGGGGUGUGAGUUUCUUUAUGUUUAAAAUUCAAAAAUAUGUACAUAAAUAAUAUGUAUUUAUUUUUAACCAAAUAUGCAAUUAAAAAUACGAAAUAAUAUGUAAAAAAAUAAAAUUUUUUUAAUUCUUGAUAUAAAUGUAUAAAUAAAUACAUACUGUGUAUUUAUAUAUCAAUAUAAAUAUAAAAUAAUAUUAAACAGUAUCCAUCAGAUUGUUAUAAUUAAAUUAUACAUCAAAAUUACAUGUAUUUUAAUUUGAGUAUAGGACUCUUUCACCUUUCAAAUGUUGUCAAAGGUAAAUUGAUAUCAAUUAGGGCACAAUAUGUUUUUAUAGUAGAUAAAGGACUUCUUAGUGUUGUCAAAAGUUAUAGUAGUAAAUUUAAAAGUUUUUUAAUUCAUUAAUACUGAGUUCAAGAAAAGUUUGUGUAUUGCUGCCAUUGUGGAUAUUUACAAUAGCUUUAAUUGUCUUUAAACUAGGGUUUUGACUAAGGGCUUUUUCAACUUUUUUCUUGAUUUUUUGUCAAACUUUCCAGGGGCUUUUUUAAUUUGUUCACAGUAUCAUAACUAACAAUACCCAUGCUAUCAACCAGGAACAAGUUUUGAGAUUCAAGUUUCAUAAUAGAAUUAGCAAGGAAUGUAGUAUUGGAGGAAAUGUGCACUAAAUUAUUUCUCAUUAAAUUAGUUUUUAUCGAAUUAUUGGCAUUUUCUACUGAAAUGGGGUCCAUUUUGAAUUUUAAAACUACAUCUUCAAUGAUAUUAAAAUUGUAGCAGUAUCUCCGUACUGCUUCUCCAAGCACAUAAUAAAUAAUUUGAAUGAAGAUACAACAAUAAUUUUUUUUUUAAAUAACUGAAUAUUUAACAAAAAUAUAUUAGUAAGUACAAAUAUGUAAUAUCAGCCAUAGCUUAAACAAUCAGAUAGUCCUACAAAAUAUUUCUGUAAUAAAAUCAUUAGAUUAUUAUCAUUCGUGACAAAUAUGUAAAUUUAUACAACUUAUCCGCACCCUAGUAAUUACCUUAACAGAUAUAAUCAUAAUAGUUUAUUAUGUAUAUACAAAUAUGUAUAACAACUUAUUUGUAUGCCAUUAAAAAUACUUUAUUAACUAAGUAUUUGAAUUAAUGUUUUUUUUUUUUUUUUUUAGACUUUAGUAACCAAUUUAGAAACAACUAGCCCACCCAAUGUGGAUAGGUCAUAUUUAUUUCAUUGUUCUUAUGUUUCACCUUCUUGGCAACUUAAAGCAUAUUUGGGUAAUAUAAUGCUAUCAAUUGGUGCAAUCCAAAGUGCAUUAGAUUGGUUUUUAACUCUUGAUUUAUGGGAAGAAUGUGUUGCUUGUUAUAAUACUCAAGGCCUGAAACAUAAAGUAAAUAUUCUUACAUAGGUACAUCAUAAUUCUCACCGGAAUUUAGAAUUUAUGUUUUUGAAACGAUAAAUAUGAUUUUAUUAUAGGCUGCAGAAAUUCUCGAAAAAGAGUUGAAAUCCCCAAACCUUACUAUAGCUAAAACUAUUUUAAUUUUGUGUUUGCUUGGUGAUGCUACUGAUGAUCAAUUUCUUUAUGAGAAAGCAUGGAAGAUAUCUGGUUACCGAAGUAGUAGAGCACAAAAACAUUGGGCCUUUUAUCAUUACACUAGAAAAGAAGUAAGAUAUUAUUUUUUAAAUGAUUAUUAUAUCUAAUUUAAUUAUUGAUACUGUAAAAAUGAAACUAAAGAUAAUAUUAUUUUUUAGUGAAUGCCUUUUAAGUUUAAAUACAAUAUAUAUUAUUAUAUAGUAUAAAAUUAUUGCUAAUUAUUUUAUAAUUUUUUCUUAUAACCUAAAAAAAAGUAUUUUUGAAUAAAUAAAUAAUUUAAUUUUAAUUAAAUUUUAUUCUAGAAUAAAUAUAUUCUGCAAGAAAUUAAUAAGAUUUACUGUUAUUUUCAGUAUAAAGAAAGUAUUGAACACUUCAAAAGUUCUCUCCAAAUAAAUUAUUUACAAGAAACAUUAUGGUUUAGACUUGGUUUUGCGUGCAUGGUUGAAGAACGAUGGUUAGAAGCUGCAGAAGCAUAUAGAAGAUAUUGUGAACUUGAAGCUGAUGUAAGUAAUAAAUAAAUAAAAGAUUAUAAGUGUAUAUAAAAGAAUAGUUUGUAUAUUAAUAAAUAACAAAAUACAUGUUUAUGAUGACUGAUAAAUAGAACUAAACAUUUAUUUUAAUUUAUAUUCGUGUUUUUCAAUUUGUAACUCACCCAAUAAUAAAUGUUAUCUCAUAUCUACAACAAUAAAAUUCAUUAUUAAACAUGUACAUAGAAAAAUUGUAAUAAUUAUGUCAGCGAAUCUUAUUCAAUUAUACCUGUAAAAACCCGAUUGUUUAAAAUUUAAUUUUAAAAAGUUUAUUUUUAACUAUGAAGCUAUUAAUUAUUUUACAAUUAAGAUAUAGGUAUUUAAUUAAUUUGUUUUGUUAUUGACCAUAAUAUUAUUUUGUUUAUAAUUAGGAAUAAUUUGGAAAAUUAUUUAAACAAUAAAUCUUAAUCAAAUAUUUGUAUACUAUUUUAUCAAUUUAGUAUACAUUUUACCAUAUCGCAGCAGCAGAAUUAUUUAAAGUUAAUAUUCUUCUGUGCUUACAAAUGGUUACAUUAUAUUUUACAACAUAUGGGGAAACUAGCAAUUAAAGCUUCUUUUGCCUAGUUUUUGGUUGUUGGUAAUACAUUAAACAUAUCUUAUUAAUUUUAAUUUUAAAUCAAUUUAACUCUAAUAAUAUAUGAUUUCAAUUUAAGUGUUUUGAAGCUUGGAACAAUUUAGCAAAAUGUUAUAUUAAAAGUGGUCAGAAAUCAAGAGCUUAUUAUGCAUUAAAAGAAGCUGUAAAAUGUAAUUAUGAAAAUUGGAUGGUUUGGGACAACUUGAUGGUAGUCAGUGUGGAUUGUGGUUUUUUUGAAGAAGUAAUAAAUAAAUUAAUUUUUACAAAAUUCAAAAUAAUUUCUUUAAAUUCAAAAUUUACUAAAUCAUUUUUAAUACUAAAGGCAAUGAAAUGCUAUCACAGAUUAAUGGACUUGAAAAGUAAACAUGUAGAUUUGGAAGUUUUGAGUAUUCUAGUACAAGCUGUAAAAAAUAAUAUUAAAGAUGAAAAUGAUAGACCAGCAUCAGAGAAUAGGAAAUGUUUGUUGCAACUUUUUGGAAGACUUACAUCACAGGUUUGUUAAAUUAUGUUUUGAAAUGUUUAUAACCUAAUUAUUUAAAAAUCAAAAUAAUAUAUAGGUACAAAAUGAUGGUAACAUUUGGAAGUUGUAUGCACAUCUAGAAGCAGCAGUACCAAUAAUAAAUAAAGAAACAGCUGAUAAAGUUUUACACCAUUUACAAUGUGCCCAUCGUUUUACUACACAAGGCAACAAAUGGGCUCAAGAAAAAACCUCUUGCAUGACAGUCAUUGAGUUAUCAUUAGAACUUGCCAAAGGUUUGUUUGUACUUAUGUAAUAUAUAUAUAUAUAUAUAUAUAUAUUUACUAGUUAUCUAUCUAAAAAAAAACAAUGAAACUUUAAGGAGGUAAAAUUUUUCGACAGUUCCAAAUAAAAUUAUCAAAGAACACAAAAGAGAGAAAUAAUCAUAGGGCUGUUAUUGAGUUUUCUUGAUUAAUCAUCUCAAUGUACCUUUUUUUUAUCUUUAACAGUCUAACUUGUUAAAAUUAUACUAUAAUAUUAUAUAAGAACACUCGCUUUCCCUUGCAGUUUUUAUUCAUAAUUGAUCUAGGCCCUAGAAGUUAGUUGAUAAUUCAACUGUGGUAUUUAAAAGAUCAAUUGUGUGUAAAUAUUAAUUUCAACAAUUUGAUCUCAUAAAAUCUUUGUAUCUUCUAUAAGAAACUAAAGUUAUAAAAUUACUGUCCAAAACAAAUACAGAAACAUUGAAUAAUUAGAAAUGAUUUUAUUUAAAAUGGCAUAAUCAAUUUAAUAUAUUUUUAUUUGUUUGCAGCAUAUAUUGACUGCUGUAAUAAAACUGAAAACAAUGAAGUACAUAAAAAACAAUUUUUAUCAUCUGGAAAACUUAUGUUAGUGUCUGUAAUCUCCCAAAUUGAAGUUAGUAUAUUUUAAAAUACAUGUAUUUUGUGGUAGUAAAUUUAAAUUUUAAAUUAUUUGUUAUAUUAUGCAUGUAGAAAGAAAAACAAUUAUUAAUGGAAAAUAUGGACGUACAAGAAGAAUUUGAAAAAAUAAAAAAUAUUUUAAAAGAAAUCAAACUUCAAAUUUCAAUAAUAGUGUAAAUAUACAGCAUAAUAAUUAUGAUACAAUAUGUAUUAAACAAAUAUUUGUGAUCAUUCUUUCUGAAAAAUGUCUUGUUGUCAAAUAAUAUGAUAAUGUUGGAUUGAAUUCUUAGUAUUAUAUUAUCUAAAUCACAGGUGAAUGUUAAAUUUAUUGAUGAAGUAUAUGUUUAAAGUGUCAUAUAAUAAAAUAUUACUAUUAUUUACUAUUUUUUAAAAAUGAUUUUUAAAUAAAUUGUGCUUUAAGGUUAGUAAAUAUGUGUUUAUAGUUCAACUUAUAAACU